GCGGGGGGGAUGAAGCCUGUGAGUUUCUGUGGCCAGAACAGACCCCUGCCUCCCAUCCCAGUCAGCAGCUCUUGCUUUUCUCUCCAGGUCUUCUCCUCCUCCUCUUCUCCCCUCCCCCUUGCUGCUUUGUUUCGGUGGCGGUGGCAGCAGCGGUGGCUGGUGCUAUAGCGGAGGGAGCUGUCCAGCAGCCAGCUCCUGAGAUCCCAGCUGCUCUCCAUUAACCACAAUGUAAGAGCAAUGAGAGCAGCUCUACCAAACGCAGCCUGGCAAUGGAGGAUGAUUUAUUCCAGCUGAGACAGCUACCGGUGGUCAAGUUUCGCCGCACAGGGGAGAGUUCCAGGUCAGAGGAAGAUGCCAUUUCGGGAGAACACGAAAUUCAGAUUGAAGGUGUCCAAACAGAACUAGAAGCUAUAGAGCUGGAGGAUGGAGCUGCGGUGCCAAAGGAGUUUGCCAACCCAACUGACGAUACUUUUAUGGUGGAAGAUGCGGUGGAAGCCAUUGGGUUUGGGAAAUUCCAGUGGAAACUCUCUGUUAUUACUGGAUUAGCCUGGAUGGCAGAUGCUAUGGAAAUGAUGAUUCUAAGUAUCCUAGCUCCUCAGCUUCAUUGUGAGUGGCGAUUACCAAGCUGGCAGGUUGCAUUACUCACAUCGGUAGUGUUUGUGGGGAUGAUGUCGAGCUCCACGCUCUGGGGGAACAUGUCAGACCAGUACGGCAGAAAAACAGGCCUGAAGAUCAGUGUGCUAUGGACCCUGUAUUAUGGGAUUCUCAGUGGUUUUGCACCAGUGUACAGCUGGAUCCUUGUGCUCAGGGGACUGGUGGGCUUUGGGAUUGGAGGAGUGCCUCAGUCGGUAACCUUGUAUGCUGAAUUCCUUCCCAUGAAAGCCAGAGCAAAAUGCAUUUUAUUGAUAGAGGUCUUUUGGGCCCUUGGAACUGUCUUUGAAGUUCUCCUUGCUGUGUUUGUGAUGCCCACCCUUGGUUGGCGCUGGCUGCUCAUUCUUUCUGCUCUCCCACUCUUGCUGUUCGCCAUCUUAUGUUUUUGGCUGCCAGAAAGUGCCAGAUAUGAUGUCCUAUCAGGAAACCAAGAAAAAGCUAUUGCCACUUUAAAGCGAAUAGCAACUGAAAACGGAGCUCCAAUGCCUCUGGGAAAACUAAUCAUUUCCAGGCAGGAGGACCGAGGGAAAAUGAGGGACCUUUUCACACCCCAAUUUCGGCGGACAACAUUGUUGCUUUGGUUUAUAUGGUUUUCCAAUGCCUUCUCUUAUUAUGGGUUAGUUUUAUUAACUACAGAACUCUUUCAAGCAGGAGACGUCUGCAGCAUUUCUAGUAGAAGGAAAACAGUGAAAGCAAAAUGCAGCCUGGCAUGUGAGUAUCUGACAGAGGAAGACUACACAGAUCUGCUCUGGACCACGUUAUCAGAGUUCCCAGGUGUUCUGGUGACCCUAUGGAUUAUUGAUCGGAUAGGCCGCAAGAAAACCAUGGCUCUGUCCUUCUUUGUCUUCUCAUUCUGUAGUCUUCUGUUAUUUAUCUGUGUUGGAAGAAAUGUUCUUACUGUGCUGCUUUUCAUCGCAAGGGCUUUCAUUUCAGGAGGCUUCCAGGCUGCUUAUGUUUACACUCCUGAGGUUUAUCCAACAGCCACUCGUGCUUUAGGCCUGGGUACGUGCAGUGGGAUGGCCAGAGUGGGAGCCCUGAUCACUCCAUUUAUUGCACAGGUCAUGCUGGAGUCUUCAGUCUAUUUAACUCUGGUGGUUUACAGUGGGUGUUGCCUCCUGGCAGCUUUGGCUUCCUGUUUUUUGCCCAUUGAAACCAAAGGCCGUGGCCUGCAGGAAUCUAGCCACCGAGAAUGGGGACAAGAGAUGGUUGGGAGAGGGUUGCACAACCCCGGAGUGACCAGGUCAAAUUCCAGCUCUCAAGAAUGACCGCACGGAGGAUGGUACAUGGAAGAAUUGUGUUUGAAAAGAGAAGCGAAGCGUAUCAAGCUGACCGUACUGUCACUGCCAAUGUCAUGUGUCAAAAUGCAGGAACUUUUGAUUUGGACCUAAGCAAAUUGUGUCUUUACUACUCUCUGCUCACACUCAUACCAAUGGUCUUGUGUAAUGAGAGGCAUUUGAUCUGGUCGUCAUUUAAAGUUUCAGGAGAAGGGAUUUCUUUAAGUCUGUUUUGUCUGCAUGGUCAGCUACCAAGCUUAAAAUGUCCUGUGUCAAGCAAAUAGCUCACUGAAUGCAAUUCAGUAUCGGCUGUAAUUUUAAAAAAAUGUAAUCUUGGUGCUUAAAAGCAAAAGAUUCAUAUUUGUUCUGUACCUGGCAUAGCACACGGUGGGUUCCAUACACUACAGAAUACGUUUUUCAAAUUAGAUGCCUGCCUUGCACUUUUUUAGUUAUCAGCAACAACAAAAUGUUGUGAUAAACAGCAAACCUACCAAUGCUUUCCAGCUCUCUUGCCUGGAAGUUUGUUCUUUGGAAAUUACCAGGCACUGAGGGAGGUGUUUCGGAAUGUAUUCCCUGAAUGUUUUCAUUCCUCAAGGCAGAGUCGUUCGAGUCGGGACGAGUGGUGUUUGACUUGGAGAUGGGCUGUUACAGAGAAAUGUCAAUCCUUGUGGUUUGGAACAGAAUUUAAGUCUUCUACCAUUGCCAGAAACAUUGAGCACUCUAUUGCAUUGGUGAAGACUGCUUCAGCCUACCAGUGUCUGUGUGUGUGUGUGUGUGUGUGUGUGUGUGUGUGUGUGGAGAUGCACGCUGUGGUUUACUGCAUGGGUCCAGAUACGUUUCUGCUCAAUUUGCCUAAGUAUGUUCUUGCACUGGUGUAGCCAAUACCUGUGAUACAAAUGUCUUAAUCUGAACAGCUGUUUGUGGCAGUUGAAUAGAGCUGCUUUCAAGUAUCUCCCCACAGGAACAUGUUUCCUGACAGCUGGGCAGAACUCUUGGAUAGCUGCUAUUGUCCGUGGAAUGUAAUGCCGGGGUACGAAGGAAUGUCAUUGGCACCACGUCUUAAAUAAAUAGAAGUCCUGGGAGGAGCUGUACCAGUCAUCGGCGGAGGAUUGGCUCGGCACAUGCAGAUCGGGUGUGCAGACAGGAUGUCGAUGCAGUUCUUGCUCUUGCUGCAAGGAGUGGUAGAGUUCAGGUGAGGACAAGUUCACUUCAUAUAUAUAUAUAUAUAGAGAGAGAGAGAGAGAGAUUUUUCUUAUAUAUAUAUAUAUAUAGCCUGUUUGUAAAGAAUCUGUCACUCAACAGGGCUUCAGAUCUCAAGGCUUGUUGGAUGU